UCGAACGAUGGCAACAUCUCGGGCAACACAUCACCUACCAGCGGUGAGCCGCUGCUGCAACACCACGCAGCUGCAACACAACAACAGCAACAACAACAGCAGCAACAGCAACAACAGCUCCAACUUAAGCAACAGUCCCACAGCAGCCACCUCGGUUACAGGCAGCUCCAUCCAGCAUCGGGCACCUUGGCCGCAACCAGCAGCAGCCUCUCGACAGGAUUGCUGCCCACAGCUGGUCUGGAUAGUAUUGCCAAUUGCGGCGUGGCCACGGUCAGCGGCAUUCUGACUGCUACCGCGCAAUCACCCAAUGUGGUCACUAGUCUAAACAGUGCUCAAGUCCAGCCGGUCUCCUCGUCGGUGGCUGCCGCCAUGGCCGCUCCCGCAACACUGGACGCCAAGCAACCCAAGCGCUUACAUGUCUCUAAUAUACCGUUUCGCUUCAGAGAUCCCGAUCUACGUGCCAUGUUUGGGCAAUUUGGCAACAUUUUGGACGUGGAAAUCAUCUUCAAUGAGCGCGGCAGCAAGGGAUUCGGUUUUGUAACAUUCGCUAACAGCAACGAUGCAGAACGAGCACGCGAACGUCUAAACGGCACCGUGGUUGAGGGACGCAAAAUCGAGGUGAAUAACGCCACUGCACGUGUACAAACCAAAAUGACGGCAGUACCCAACGUUGUACUGACCAAAGACGGUGCCCUACCGGCUCCAGCUCUAGUUUGCGUACAAUGGCCUGAAGCCGCCGCCGCCGCCGCUGCCAUGCAUGGAGCUGCCAUGCCACAUAGACACAUGGGCGUGGUCGGUGCCACACCCUUCCAUCCUCGGCACCAUUAUCCGGCGCUGGUAGCCGCCGCUGCCGCCGCUCAGCAGCAACAGCAACGUCAAGUGGCCGCCGCUGCCGUGGCCGCAGCUGCUGCCCAACAGCAGCAGCAUCAGCAACAACAGCAACAGCAGCACCAGCAGCAGCAGCAACAACAACAGCAGCAACAACAACAACAGCAGCAGCAACAGCAACAACAUGCCGCAGUCGCCGCCGCCGCCGCUGCCCAACACUCACAGCACGCCGCUGCUGCCGCCGCCGCCGCCGCUCACACACAUCCGCAUGCCCAUGCGCAUGCGCUCGCGCCUCAACUAGCCCAGCUGCAGCCAACGCUGCAGGCCGUUGCCGUGCCCACUGCCGCUGGCAGUGCUGCGGCUGCUGCCGCUCAGCAACACUCGGCGCUGCAGCAAUCCCUGGCAGCGGCCGCAGCCGCACAGAACUCAGGUGUGACGGGCAGUGCGAGUGCCGCUGCCGCCGCCGCGUAUGCGGCGCGACUAUCCGCUGCAACGGCAUCCCAAACACCGGCCGCUGCUGCUGCGGCUGCUGCUUCCAUGGCAGCGUCGGCUAAUGCGGCCAACAAUGCUGCCGCUUUGCAUGGAUUUGCGCCCGUAUACUAUGAUCACUUCUUAGCAGCCGCUGAUCCAAAUCUACGCUUCCAGGCAGCCAAACCGGUCACUGAAGUUCCAGCCGCACAGCCAGCCGCCAUAUUAAAUCGCCGCACUGUGACUACGCUAAACAGUACCCCACAUACGAUCAACCGCAUUCCGGUACCACAGAAUGUUUUGGCCACUGCUCCGCUGUUAAAGACUCCCCUGUCUCAGGCCCAGCAGCAGGCGUAUGCCACCACCUACACGGCGGUCGCUGCCCGGGCCGCCUACGGGGCCGCUGCAGCUGCAGCCGCCCAGCCAGCACUCGCUGGUUACGCCACCGUAGCGGGUUACGCGCGCGAGUAUGCGGAUCCUUAUCUUGGACAUGGCAUUGGACCCGUGCCCGGCUAUGGGGCAACAAUAUACCGCGGUGGCUACAAUCGUUUCGCGCCAUAUUAAAAAGCUUCAGAAGUCAGCCAAAUAACGCAAUUGAACUACUCUCGAAAAUGCUCAAUGUAUGAACAAGAAUUAGACGUAAAUACUCCUCCUCCUACAGUGCAGUAUGUAGCAGUUGAAUCUAUAUAUAUAGGUCCAGACACGCAGAAACAGAUGCUCAAAGAUGAUCGACAAAACGCGGAACCCACUCAAACAAAAAAUGGAGAGUUGAAAAUCAAAGCUAAAAGCAGCCGCAAGCUAGCGGCCAAUUACGCAAGAGUAAAAUUAAAAACAAAGCAACAAUUUUUUAAACAAAAAACAAA